UCCAGAUUGGACAUCCGUGUUGGUUUCAUCCACUCUUGCAAGAAGCAUCCUGAUGCUGAUUCUCUUUAUGUCGAGGAGAUUGACCUUGGUGAUGGUGCCGGUGUUCACCGCACCGUUGUUUCUGGCUUGGUCCGCUGGGUCCCUAUUGAGGAGAUGCAGAACCGUUGGGUUAUCUGCUUGGCCAACUUGAAGCCUGCUAGCAUGCGUGGUAUUAAGUCUGAGGCCAUGGUACUGUGCGCCACUGCCAACGAUGGUAGCAAGGUUGAAUUGCUUGCUCCUGUCGAUACUAGCAAGGUCCAACCCGGUGACAGAGUAUUCUUUGAGGGAAUGGAAGGUGAACCCGAGAAGAUUCUUCCUCCCAAGAAGAAGUACUGGGAAGCUGUUCAGCCUGACUUCAAAACUGAGGAUGAUACCUUGGCUUACUUCCAAGGAAAGCCUUUCUUGAUCAAGACUGCCUCUGGUGAGACUGUCAAGUGCAAGGUUGCUACUGUUCAGGGUGGUGGAAUCAAAUAA